UAAAAGCUUUAGUAGCCCCGGUCCCGGCGCGUGCCUAUCUCCCGACUUCUUUUGCGCAGUCCAGUACUUGCUCAGCCUCGCUUUCCCCUCUUCGACCUCCGGUCCGCCACCAUCCUCUCCACGACGUGCUGUCCCGCGCCCGUAACCAUGUGCCGCACCCUGUCCACCUUCCCCAACACCUGCCUGGAGAGAGCCAAAGAGUUCAAGACACGGCUGGGGAUCUUUCUUCAUAAAUCAGAGCUGAGCUCCGAUACUGGGGGUGUUAGCAAAUUCGAGUGCUCCAGUAAGCAUAGCAAAGAGAGAAGCUUCUCAGAAGAUGUAUUGGGAUGGAGAGAGUCUUUCGACUUACUGCUGAACAGUAAAAAUGGGGUAGCUGCCUUCCACGCCUUCCUAAAGACAGAGUUCAGUGAGGAAAACCUGGAGUUCUGGCUGGCCUGCGAGGAGUUCAAGAAGAUCCGAUCAGCCACCAAACUGGCGUCCAGGGCUCACCACAUCUUUGAUGAGUACAUUCGCAGUGAAGCCCCUAAAGAGGUGAACAUAGAUCAUGAGACCCGAGAACUGACUAAGACAAACCUACAGGCUGCCACUACCAGUUGCUUCGAUGUGGCUCAGGCAAAGACUCGCACAUUGAUGGAGAAGGACUCCUAUCCACGCUUCCUCAAGUCACCCGCUUACCGCGACCUGGCUGCUCAAGCCUCAGCCACCGCUACCUCUGCACCCAGCAGCAGCCCAGCUGAGCCUUCACACACUUGAGCCUCCACAGCAACCAAGAAGCCCAGCGGGAAGAGAGGUGGAGUUGCCCAUCCCUGAAGCAGCUGCCCUGUGUGGGAGGCAGGUCCUGCGCAGCAAGUGCAAGAGGAUAGUGGAGGGACAGACGGACAUCCUCACAGCUUGAGUGCAAAGGGCUCCCUCUCUUCCAGACACUGUGGGGGCCCAGUGUAGGAGAGACUCCCCAAUUCCACGACCCGUGGCUGAGGGCUGACAACAAGCCUGUGUAGGGUGCUCUGGGGAAAGGCGGCCCAGAACUUAUGUUCUUUCUACCAGGGCACACACAAAGGCAUGCUGGGGGUGGGGGGCGGUUGGGAACCUUCAGAACAGGAGCCAGAGAGCAGCUAUUUACGUGCCAGACGGUUGGCUUUGUCCCCGUCCUGACUUCCUCAUUCUUGGACUGUGUGUGGAACCUUCAUCUCUUGCCCUUGCCUUCCCAGGAACACCCAGGGCCCCUAGCUUAGGCUUCUUAGCAUUCCUGUGCUCAUCCUUGCAGUCUCGUGGAGGUCAAUGAGUCAAUAUGAUUCUUGCCCCAGAUGAGAUUUCUAUACCUCAAACACUGACCUGUGAGCCCCUUUCUGGGUCAAUAAUGAGCCCUGCGAAAGAAGCCAUUUUGCUCCUGUGACCCUAGGCUGGGUGCUCUUGGUGGCCUUCUGUAGGUGGCCCCCUGAUCUCACAUUUGCAGCAGGGUCUGCUUGUGAACAGGGCUAACUGAGAAGUCUUAAUGGGCCCUGUGCUCCUUGGAAGAUGGGGGCUAAGGAGGGAGGUGGGAGGAAGGAGGCUUCAAGCACUGAUGUCCAGUCACUGAACAAGAGAGAGGAGUCACUGAAAAAUCCAUCCAUAGGAGGAGCCCAAAAGACUAGCUGAAGCCAAAAUCAGUUCUCUUUGUGGGUAUGAAAAUGGGGAAAGGAUGCUCCCUGUGCCACCUCUGGUGGAAGGGGGCCUUGUGCUUCUUUGCUGUUGACAUGAGAUGCCCACUGUAGUUGGGGGAGAAGUCUAUCAGGGACCAAGAAAGCUCUGGAACAGAAGUUAGAAAGCACAGCCGAGAGAGUAUUACAGAUGGGAGGAGGGGUGCCUGGAAGGUUGGGGCUGUCUGCCUAUCACCUCUGAGUCUUACCGAACAAACAUUCCAAGUUGGGACUUCCAGCACCAGAGACCAAGAAGGCUGUGGGGACCUAGGCUGCCAACAUUGUUCUCUCUGCACUUGAGGCUUUUCUGGGAGAAAGUUCUUUUAAGUAUAAUAUAUUGUUCUGUUGUGUUGUGCUGAUUGUCUCAACUCCUAUUGUUAUUUAUUGUGAUUUGUUUGCCUGUACUGAAGAAACUUAGCUGGAGCUGCUGUCUGAUGCGCCUCCUCCCUACCAGACUCUACCUCUGCAAGCCUUGGGAACCACUGAGGGCUGGGGGGUGGGGAGGGGACACCCCACUGUGUUAAUAUUUAUUUAUUGUUAACAAAGGGAGCUGGGUUCCUUUAUCAGUGGUGUAUGUGAUCCCUGUUUUUCUGUUUGAGCAUGUUAUAUUCUUGUAAAAAAAAGUGAAAUAAAACUCAAAAAUAAUAUCCUA